AGAGCUUCUUUCCUCUUGACCUGUGGUGCCAAUUUCAUCAAAAUUCCCUAAUUCCAUUUCUCACGCCUCUGUCUAUCCUGUAAACCCUACAAACCUGAAUCAAGAUUCAUCAAUAUAGAAGCCAUGGCUGAAGAUACAGAUUUUCAAGAACUACAAAGAGAGUUCUCUGAAUUUUGCUGAUUUUGCAAAUUUGGAGGAGAGGUUGUCAUUCAUGGAGAAUGCUCUAAGGACAGCCAUAAGGAAUGUUCUGAGGGAUGGGUUGGCCAUGAUACAAGCAAUCAAUGACGGAUGGAACACACCGGCACUGGAAGUCGGCCAAACAUCCCAAACCCAGAUUCAUACAACUCAGGGCCAGAUUCAUGAUCAAGAUUGCAAUGUAAGGGAUUCUGGUGCUUUUAAUUCCGUAUCUGAUCUUGAAGGCAUGACUGUAAUUGGAGAAAUUGAGUUGCCCUUGGUACGCACCCCAGUUUCUAUUACCCAAAAUUUUGAUCUUGAAAUAAAACCUCAUUUGGAUCAAGAACUUGAAAAAAAUGAACUAGUGUUUGAAGAAGAAAAAAUGAAAACACAAGAACCUGAGGAAAAUGAUUCUGAAUCGUAUGUUGAACAUCCUGUGGAAUUGAAAUACAGGAUUCUGGGUGUUAACUUGGCUGAAAUGAUUGAAGAUGGUAUAUCUGCGUUGGAAGCCAAGUUGUUUGAUGCUGAUGGUUGUGUGGGAUUGAUCAAUCGUGUGGCGUGGGAUUAGAAGAAGCGCAAGAAGAUGCUACAAGUUGUGGAAUGCUUUGGAGUAAUUUCAAGAAAGAUUCAAUGGAAUUUCAGAAAUCGUAAGAAGAAAUUGUAGUUUUUUGUGGCACCUGUCCUUGAGGACAAGGACAUCUUCAAGGGGGUAGGAGUACAUCUGUGGUUUAAGUAUUGCAAAUGUAGCAAAGACAAGCCAUUGAAAGAGGGAGAACAUGUAUUCAAAGCUGCAAUUGACAUUGAAAUCACAAUUCCUAGAGCAGUAUUUCUUCUCACAAUUUAGUUCUUGGGAAUUUUUCAAAGUUCUUUUCCAUGUGUCUGGCUUGAGAAUGAGUGAGUUGCUGAAUUUCUCAAUGAUGAAACUACUUGUUGAUGGAGUUUGUUCUUCAUUCAAGAAGCUGAGUUCAGCUUGUGUGAAUGAAGAGGUGUCUGGUUGUUAUGCAAAGCGGUUAUGGCCAUUUACCUCUCUCUUGGUUAGAUAAUGAUGCAGGGGAAAGGAGAUGCAUUCAUGAAAUGCUUCACAUAUUUGCUGGAAUUUUACUAAUGCGCUGUUUGAUAGAAGAAAUAUGGAUGUUGCUUGUUUGGGGCAGAGUUGUACAUGUUGUACAUGGAUAUAUAAGCUGAUAUAAGUUCUGAAUUUCAACCUCUCAACCUUGAGGACAAGGUUGUCAAAAGGAGAGUGCAUUGAUGCAUAGCCAUUUUAGAUAAUGCUGUGAUAAGGUUGCACCUAGGCUAAUAGAGGUUGUACGCAUGUAAAGAGGCUAUAAAAGGCCAAGUCCAUGUAACUGGAAGGAGUUUUUUUGAUGAAUAAUGAAAAUGGUUCUUC